CUUUUUUCCCCCUUCUUCUCUUCUUCAAGCAUACUGAGCGAGGGCAACACCACCGCCCCCCUUUAACGCGAUGAAUAACAUACCUGCCUCAAUAGCUGAUUUCGAAACAUAUGCCCGGCAAACAAUGAAUCCGGGCGCCUUUGGCUUUUACGUCGGAGGAGCUGACUCGGAGAUCACGUUGCGUCGCAACCUGGAAGCUUACAACAGUCUGCUGUUGAGACCCAAGGUGAUGGUUGACGUUGAAAAAGUCAGUAUUGCCACAACAAUUCUGGGAGAAAAAAUCACUUCGCCCAUUUGCGUUGCGCCCACAGCGUACCAUGCACUUGCGCAUCAUGACGGGGAAAAGGCUACAGCACGGGCUUGUGCAGCUGUCGGUACAUGCUUCUGUCAAUCUACCAACAGCAACUACACCAUGGAUCAAGUAGCAUCGAGUGUACCCAAAGAAGCACUCCGAUGGUUCCAGAUCUACGUGCAAGAAGAAGAGGACGUGACCAAACGGCUAAUCAAGGAUUGUGAAAAGGCCGGAUUCAAGGCAUUGGUGGUGACACUAGAUCGACCUCGACUGGGAAAACGAUUGCAUGUUCUGAAAAGCGGCUUCACAUUACCGAAGCACUUGUCAAGAGCCAACUUUUAUGAAGAUCAGGACAAUGAUGGAUCCGAUAGCUAUUACCACGGCGAGAUGUAUCCCGGGAUGACGUGGAAAGACAUCAAGUUCAUAAAGUCGAUCACCAAGUUGCCAAUUGUGGUAAAGGGCAUUUUCCGUGAAGAGGACGCCAAGCUGGCUGCUGAGAAUGACGUGGAUGCUAUCAUUGUUUCGAAUCAUGGGGGACGACAGCUGGAUUCAUGUCCUGCCACAAUUGAGGUUUUGCCGGAAAUUGUCGCAGCUUGCAAGGGAACGCGCGUUGAAGUGUAUGUGGAUGGAGGCAUCCGUACAGGCACCGAUGUUUUCAAAGCAUUGGCCAUUGGUGCACGCGCUGUGUUUAUUGGUCGUCCAGCAUUGUGGGGUUUGGCGUAUCAGGGAGAAAACGGCGUGAAACAGGUUCUCGACAUGUUAAAUUAUGAAUUCCGCUUAACAAUGACCUUGUCAGGAUGUGCCAAUGUUCAACAAAUUGACAAGAGUUACGUCGCCCCGGUAGAAAGGUAUUCGUUUACCCGAACCCUUGCCAAAUUGUAGAUACUCAGUCCCAUAAAGUCGCUGUAGGCUAUAACCUUAGCUACUGUUAUUCAUUGCUCAAAGUGAUUUCCUGCUGAACAACUUGAAAUAAAUAAAAC